GGGCCGCUCGCUCUUCUCGGGUCUCCGCAGGAAUCUUGGAAAACCAGAAUGAGGCACAAUCAGAUGUGUUGUGAGACGCCACCUACUGUCACUGUUCAUGUAAAAUCAGGACCAAAUAGAGCUCAUCAGUCUAGAAAACCCAUUAAUCUAAAGCGUCCUAUUUUUAAAGAUAGUUGGCAAGCAUCUGAAAAAAAUACACAUAAUAACAACAAAUCUAAAUGCCCCAAAGGACCUUGUUUAGUAAUACAGCGUCAGGAAAUGACUGCUUUCUUUAAAUUGUUUGAUGAUGAUCUAAUUCAAGAUUUCUUGUGGAUGGACUGCUGCUGUAAAAUUGCAGACAAGUAUCUUUUGGCUAUGACUUUUGUUUAUUUCAAGAGAGCUAAAUUUACUAUUAAUGAGCAUACCAGGAUAAAUUUCUUUAUUGCUCUAUAUCUGGCUAAUACAGUUGAAGAAGAUGAAGAAGAAUCCAAGUAUGAAAUUUUCCCAUGGGCUUUAGGGAAAAAUUGGAGGAAAUUGUUCCCUAAUUUCUUAAAGUUAAGGGACCAGCUCUGGGAUAGAAUUGACUAUAGGGCUAUUGUAAGUAGGCGGUGCUGUGAAGAGGUUAUGGCCAUUGCACCAACUCAUUAUAUCUGGCAACGAGAACGCUCUGUGCAUCACAGUGGAGCUGUUAGAAACUACAACAGAGAUGAAGUUCAACUGCCCCGGGGACCCAGUGCCACACCCGUGGAUUGUUCACUCUGUGGUAAAAAAGGAAGAUAUGUGAGACUAGGAUUGUCUUCAUCCUCAUCCUCAUCCAGCGAUACAGUAUUAAUGAUGGAAAAACAAUCUCAGGACUCACACGGUUCAUUUUCAAUGGACAUAAUAAGUGAACCAUCUCAAGCUUAUAACUAUUCUCAAGUAGCUAAUGAACAUCAAUCAAACCAUGGAAAGAAAACAAAUGUUGUGGAGAUAGACAAAUCCAUGGAGUGGUUUACAGGAAGUGAAGAAUGAGAUGGCUCAACUAAAGCAACUGGGAAUUAUUUACUACAAUAUACCAAACUAAACACAAGACAUUGUCAAAGUGGGACAUCCAAGUCGUUUUGUUAUCUUUCUUUAGCUUUUGUUGCUUUUCAAAUUUAUAUGUAAAAGUUAUACAAAUCAUAGUAAUAGCUAAAAAUACCAACUUAUGAAAGUGAUUUUUCAAUAUGAAGUUCUAAUUUGAUAAUUUUCCAUUUUCAAAUCAGCUGAUGUCAUCUGGAGCCUCAGUUGUGGUUUAAACUCCUUCAAUGUGAUAAGAAAAGCUAAUUUAAGAGAGGAAAAAAUAAGAUCAUAACAUUAAUAAAAAAUAUAAUCUGAUAUGGUCUGAAAACCACUCACCUAUAUGACCAGUUUGCCAGUGGCAAUACCGGGAAGGGAGCCAUUGGAAAAUUAGAAUGUGAUUUGUCCAUUUUAGAACAAAAUACAUAUAAGCUACAUAAAAUGUUUUAUAAUUUGUUAACAAAAACUGUUAAAUAUUACUGUUCCUUUAAGUUUUUCUCACAGUUUAAAACAUUUAUUUUGGAGCUAUUCUGCAAGUUAUUAUAUACAAAUUUUUCAAUGAUUACAGUUACAUUAUGGUUUUAUAACCAAAUGGAUAAGACCAUAUCAUAAAUCAAUGGAUAUCAGAAAACAUUUCACGGCCUAAAUAAUGUGUACAUAGGAAAGACUUAAACUUAGUUCUUUGAAGAAUUGUAGCAGCAUUAUAGGAGUUACUUCUUUUUUUUUGCAAUAAUAGUAUUUGUAUAUUACAUCUGUUAAACUAAUCCUAAAUCACCAAUGUGUACGUAAAACGUCCUUUAAAUUAUUUCACAUACCAAGCUCACAACAAAUAAACUAUGAAUCAUUUACAAAGGCUAGUUAUCAGUUACCAGAAUUUUACAUAAAAGAUAGGGAAAAGUCAUUCAUGAUUCUGUCUCUUAUACAUUUUUAAGUUAACAGAAUAAGUACUACAUUCUGAUGUCUACAGGAACAAAAUACCCAAGGAAGAUUUUCUUUUUACUAUGUAUUGCUCAGAAUACUUAGGAACCACUCUAUUAUUGCAAACCUAUGCAUAAAAUAAAAUUGAAAUCCACAAGGGUUGUUCUCUUGAAAUUCUUUACCUUCAAUUC